CUUAUCCGAGGUCAUCUCCAGUCUCUAUGGCUGAUGGUAGAUGAGACAUCUGUCAAGUUGAGUUGAGUUGAGUUGAUACUGGCAAAUCGCUGAUAAUCCUCUCGCUGCUGGUCGGUAGUUCUGUCUCGCCUCUCCUUAUCUGUCCGAGGUCUCCUCCCCUAUCCUUAUCGGGGCUCUGAUGGCGCGGCAACCGUCCUCCACUAUCGCUCGGAAUAGUAACGCUUCCUCGUCCUCCAGCGACCCACUGCCUUGGCCGCAAGUUGCAAGCCCGAUGGCUUCCUUUUCAUCUACCCCCCAAAGACCGCAGAACACAUUCCUGAUGCCCCCUAGUCCGAAUGGCAGUGGCGGGCGCCGCGGGAGUGCGGAUUACCGCCCCAGCAUCCGCAAGGCGCAAGGCCAUGUACCGGCGUGCCUGGUCAAUGCCUCGGUGACGUAUUGCAACAAUGACCAGAUCUACGCUUUCGGCGGCUUCGACCAGUACACUGACGAAGUCUACAACCACGUCCUCCGCUUGAAUCUGAAUACGCUGCGCUGGGAAUUGGUUGAUAACUAUGGGGAUAUUCCCGGCGUUCGCAUGGGACAUACGGCUACCCUCUACCAAGGGGACAAGUUGAUCGUUUUUGGUGGAGAAAACGAGCACCGCGAAUACCUCUCUGAUGUUGUCAUCCUCGAUAUUCCCACCUCGACUUGGACCCAGCCGGAAAUCCGUGGACCAAUCCCGCGAGGAAGGGCUCGCCAUGCCGCUGUUAUUUACGACGAGAAGCUCUUCAUCAUUGGAGGUGUCACGGGGGAAAACAACGUCAUUCUCGAUGAACUCUGCUACUUGGAUCUGAAAACCUGGACGUGGUCUCGCAUAUGGGGCUUCACCGCUCGGUUCGACCAUAUUGCCUGGGUCUGGGGCGGCCGGCUCUGGAUCUUUGGAGGCUUGGACCCUAACAUGGAACGGACAACGGACAUCUGGUGGCUGGAUCUCAAAGACCUCCAAUCUCUGGGAAUGGCGACUUCGCAAGGUACCGUGGAUUCCCCUACAACCACCAACAGGAUGACUUAUAGUCCAGACACUAUGUUUAGUACUCCCCCGCAACAACUGGCUGGCCGGUCCAGCAGCUAUGCGGCGAAUUCUGGCAGUGUGCAGAUACGGACCCAGUCCAGGAACUCGAAUCGACGUAAGCCGAAUGCUCCGGGCGCGGUUUCAUGCCUGCGUUUCCAGUCUGGCCCCCAUGUUCCUGCCCUCUUCUCUGGAACCCACUUUCAAGCGUAUGCAUCGGGCGUACUUCUUGACCUAAUCACGCCAUCCGAGACUGUACGCACUUUUGAAUGCAAUCUAUCCUCGUUGGAACUGGAUUCUUUGCGCUGGCAGCGGCUCGCUGAUGGCCAAGAAAUUUUCAAGCCCGGUUUUAGAUGGCAUUACUGCACCGUCGAUGCGACUGGUACUAAGGCCUGGCUGCUCGGCAGCAGCCUCGACGUUGGAGCUACGCCCGGAACCAGCGAUGAGAACCAUAUGAGUGAAGUGCUGUGCAUUGACCUUGAAAGGUACGGUUUGUUGGGCAACGAACUGUCUGCCUUCUCGCCCCACUCAAACAAGAUGCACAUGGAGGAGCAGACAGGAGCUAUGCCUUUAUCUGGUAUUGGGCAAGACCUCGCUGCUGUGUUCGAUCAAUCGCCCGAGUCUGGUAGUGGAGCUGACUUCGUUAUUACUGCUAACCCCAAUGACCACCUUGAAGCGGGAGAAGCUUCGGAAGACAAUUCUGGCCCGCAGUCUCAGCCUGCGUUCCUCUCGCCCGACGCAGCCACUUCUCCACCCAUCCAUGUCCACCGUAUCAUCUUGCAGCUGCGAUGGCCGCACUUCAAGAGACUAUACUCUGCUCAAAUGGCCGAGUACCAUUCGAAGCGGAUGCACAUCCCUGAACCGUACACGGUAGUCCGCGCAUUCAUUUACUACCUGUAUACAGAUAGCAUUGCGGGUCACCCGGAGUAUUGCUCGGAUAUUAUCGACGUAGCCGGAAUGUUGGUUAUGGCUAACAUGUAUGACAUGCCGAAGCUGCGUUUGCUGUGUGUCAACCGCUUGAGCCGAGAGCUCGAUGUGGAAAACGCGGCGAUCAUCUGGGAGCGCGCGGGUCGGACCAACGAGUCAUGGUUGAUGCGACGUGCGGCGCAAUUCUGCCUUAGUCACUGGGGUCGUGUUGUCCGCACUGAUGGAUUCAAGUCCCUCAGCCGACAGAGUAUCAUCGACCUCUGCGAGGUUGUCGAUAUGGAGGGUCGCAUCAUCGCAGGACCGGAAUUGGAGCUCGUCGGAUCGCUGGGUGAGGGUUUACACAAGGGCCUGAAACCAAAUCAAUUGUCUGGCGGGGGCACUGUUACGGACAAUGUUGACGACUUUGAUGGUGAUGAAAUUGACGGAAUGGAUAUUAUCUAGACUUGGAGUUAUCGACUAUUCACAGGGGCGCUACGAUGCGGGGUGGUUUCAUUUUGAUACUGGAUUUAUUUCUUCUGUGACAUAUUGUAUACUUUCGAUUGUUUGGCACGGCGCUUUCGAUGGACAGAGGGUAGGAUGAGCAUUUGAGCAGGGAGUUUCCAGACUGAGAGUUAUUUUACAGGGUUACUUCGUUUAGCAUAUAGUUCUUUAAAG